AUGGCAGCAGAAGGCUCCACUACGCCCGCUCGGGGCCGGAAACGCGCCUCGAACGUUGUCCUCUCCGACACGUCCGAGGAGGAGGAUCACCCGACUCCGUCCAAACCGCCCGCGGGGAAGAAGAAGCGGACUACCAAAGUUUUACCCACUACCUCGUCUGCCGCCGCAAACUCGGACGAGGGUGAGCUGAACAGCGACGAGGAAGUGGAGAGGGAGACGCCGGUGAAGCGGUCGAGGAGCGAGGCGCCGGCUGCGAAUGGUAAAGGCAAGGGGAAGGGGAAGGGGAGGGCGUCGGCAGCAGCGAACGGCGGGGACGAUGAGGAUGGGAGUGGGGACGACGGUGCAGGGAGCGGCGAUGAUUUUGAGGGAGCGCCGGGUGGAGGUACCAUGCGCCCAGAGUUCCAGCGGGGAGAGGACGGAUACGUUUCUGGCUCGGUGGUCCGGAUGAAGCUCGUCAAUUUUAUGACGUAUGAUCACGUCGAGUUCCGUCCUGGACCGAAUCUGAACAUGAUUCUCGGACCGAACGGGACUGGAAAGUCGUCUAUCGCUGCCGGGAUAGCGCUGGGUUUGGGCUUUGGAACCCAGGUGAUGGGCCGAAUCGAUAACCUCAAGUCGUACGUCAAACAGGGAUGCGAAGUCGCUUCCAUCGAGGUGGAGAUCAAGGGGCGUCCGGGCCAGCCGAACCCCAUCAUUUAUCGGCGAUUCGACAAGGAGAAGAACGGUUCUGCUUUCAAGCUCAACAAUAAACCGGCCACCCAGCGAGACAUCAAGGCGCUCGUUGCUAGCUUUGGGAUUCAGGCGGGUAACCUCUGCUCCUUCCUUCCUCAAGACAAGGUGGCCGAUUUCGCCAAGUUGGAUCCCAAGCGGGUGCUCAUUGAGACUAUGCGCGCAGCGGGUGACUCGCGUCUGUCAAACUGGUUUACAGAGCUCUGCGAGCUUGGGAAGGAGCGACAUGGGAUGGAAAAUACGCUCGAGGAGACCAAGGCUGAGCGCGAUACUGUUCAAAACCAAGUCAAUUUGCUAGCUCCCGAUGUGGCACACUUCUUGGAACGCGAGGAUCUCCAGAAGCAGGAAAAAGUACUUGCAUGCCUCGUCAUUGCCGCCGAACGCUACACGCUCGUCACCGCCCUGGCCGAGGCCAAGCAGCAAAAGGCGGAUCUCAAACGCGAAAUGGGCAAGCGCCUCUCGCGUAGCCAGCCCAUCAAGGACUUGCAAGAUCAAACGGGCGAGAAUGGAAAGCUGAGAUGGCAGCACGUACAAGAAGAAGGUCGAGGCGAUCCGAAAGCGGACUUCGUGGAAGCGCAUCUCGACCAAGGUGAGCUUCUGGCUGUGGAGUUGGGAAACUUCGAGGACCAGCUCGGGCGGAUCAAGCAGAUUGUCAAGCGAGAGGAGAAGGCCAAGGCGGAUAUUCAGGCGAGAAUUCGGCAGGCUCAGGCUGUUCUCGACCAGCCCGUGGAGGAUAUGGCGGCUCAGCAAACCGAGCUCCAGCAGUCCAGGGUUAGUGAUUCUAAAACUCUCUGGACGGAGAUGCAGCAGGCCAAGAAGGAUUUUGAGGAUGUCGGGGGCCGAUAUGGGGAGAUGCAGAACAAGAUGUCGACCAGGCACGAGCGGCUAUCGAGUAUCCAGAAGCAAAAGGAAGAUGCCGCCAGGAGCGUCGGAGGCGGAUCCAUGAACUACAUCCUGAACUGGCUGGAGAAGCAUGGCGACGAGUUUGAAAAGCCGGUGUGCAAGCCGCCGAUGAUCUCGGUACACGUCAAUGAUAGGCGGUAUGCUUCGCAGGUCGAGGCGGGAACGAACUUUGGUCAGCGACAAACCUUCAUCGUGCAGACGAGAAACGACUAUAAUCGUCUUUUGGAGCUCGGGAGGCACAGCUUCCCACCUUGGCAGAGGAGGAACCGGGAUGGCCGAACCCAGCACAUGCCUGGCGGGAAGGUCCAGCUUUACCUCUCUCAGGUGCAUGUGGAUGAGACCUCGCUCAACCCCCACAAGCCUUGCAACAAAGAAACGUUGAACGGACUUGGCUUUGAAGGCUGGGCGAGCGACUUUGUAGAGGCAGAAGCGCCCGUCAUUGCCUUCCUGAACGAACGGUGUGGUCUCUCCCGACUCGCCGUCACUACUCGAAACGGUGACCGGAUCGACGCGGACGCAUGCGAGCGCGCCGGAGUCUCGAGAUACGUCACGUCAAGCGAGAUCACCACUAUCGGGCGGUCGAGGUAUGGUCGGAAAGACACCUUUAUGCGGACGGACCGACUCCGGCCUGCUCAGGCAUUCAACAUUGCCGUAGACACCGAGGGCCUGCAGAAGCUCAACGAUGAGAUGACGGAUCUGAAGCGGAGGCGGCGGGAUGCAGAGGGACCGCUUGAUGAGCUCCGGCAAGCGACGGAUGCGGCGAGGGAGAAGGGCAAGGAGCUGAAGGGGCAAAUGGUCGAGAUCGAUGCGGGCUUGAAGGAGAUCAGUGAGAAAAAUACGGGCAGGCGAAAGGCCGCCUUGACUAAAUGUGAGUCUACUUCUGCUUUGGCUGGAGGCUGUACAGCGCUGAUGCCGCUCCUAGCCCAAGCGGAGGCCGACUUGAAACACGUCAAGACCACCGAUGUGGCUGCCAAAACGGCUGAACUCAAGGCCAAAAUCCAGGCCAAUCUCGAAGAGCGGCUCGCGAUUAUUGCCGAGGCGCAAACCCAGCAAGAGCGGUAUCUUGCUUUUGGGCAGGCGAUUUGUGCCCGCCGCUUGGAGCUCAUGCAGGUCACGGCGGAUCUCAAGGCGAUUGAGCAGAAGAAGAAGGAGUCUUCGGGGGAUAUGGAGGAGUUGGAGGAGGAGAUUGGGAAAUGUAAGUCUAGCUGCACGAAGUCGAACCGGUAUGCCUACGUCCAGCUCGUGAAUGUCCGUGUACCGAGCUUACCCUUUCAGCCACUGCACGACCGCACCCUCCCUCCGGCGGUAUCGGCCGAAGAGCUCGACGCAGAUCUGAAAGAGGUCAGAGUCAAGCUGCAAUUAAGUGUCGGUGUCGACCGGUCCGUCGUGGACCGACACAGGAGGCUGCUGACGACACAGCUCGAAGUCCUAGUGGCAAAUGCAGACGAGCAAACCAAGAAGGCCGAGAAGGGCAGAAAGCGGAUCAAUGCUAUCCUGGCAAACUUCGAUCCUGCUCUGGAGGAAUUGAUCAAGAUUGUCGACGAAAAGUUCUCAGGGGCUUUCCUGCGUAUCGGCUGCCAUGGUGAAGUCAAGCUCGACCGCGUCGAGGGUAAUUACGAGGAUUGGGGGAUCAACAUUCUCGUCAGUUAUCGGACGGACGAUGCUUUGCAGAUUCUGUCCGGGUCGAGACAGUCUGGAGGAGAACGAUCCCUCGCGACCGUCACGUACCUCAUGUCGCUCGCGAGCAUGUCGCGGACGCCAUUCUCGCUCGUCGAUGAGAUCAACCAGGGGAUGGACCAGCGCGCGGAACGGGGCGUGCAUAAUCAGCUGGUGGGCGUGACGUGUGAUCAGGAUGCUGGACAAUACUUCCUCAUCACUCCCAAGCUUUUGACGGAUCUCAGGUACCACAAAAAGAUGAAGAUCCUGAAUGUCAACAAUGGUAUUUGGCCGCCGGAUGGACCGGAUUCCAAGUGGCCAGACUUUAAGGGGUGUCUCAAGAAGUAUCGCGCGGCCAAGCGGAUCACGGCGUAG